GAUCAACAUCGCAUGCUGAUUCACAUGAGCUUGACAGCGUUAAGAAAGGAUUGUUAGGCCGAUCAGAAGUUGACUAUCCAAUUUCACAGAGUUGAAAAGAGCAAGAUAAUGUCAGAAGACCGCCAAACAUCAGUGAAUGGGAGGGUGACAGAAUCUGGAGAUGCCUCGUCCACUGGUUUUCAGAAAGGGAAAUCUGCGCUUGAAAUAUCUGGCAGUUCUAAUGAUGAUGAUGACAGCAGAUUGGGGCAGAAUGCAGAGGAAAAUAUUCCAGAUAUAACGAUGGAUGAGGAUGGGAAUUACAAUGUUGUUUCUGGUGAUGAUUGUAAUAAUAAAUCAAUCGAGGAAAAUAACCCCCCUAAAGAAGGAACAGAUUCUCUCAAUAAUGAAAAUCAACAAAGCUCAGACAUUAGUUCAGAUUUAAGCACAAGUGUCAGUGAGAAAAUUAAAGACAGUAUUGAAAGUGAAAGUCAGACUGUGUCAGACAGAGAAAGGCAAAGUGAAACUGAAAAUAAAAUGAAAGGACAUGAAAAUAUUAGCAAUAGUGAACAGCCCCCAGAUGAUAAGAUGGGCUGUUCAGAAGCAGGGGGUAAACAAGUGAAGAACGGUCCAGCAGACCCUACUCAGAAGGGUGUAGAAAAUGGUCAGCAGGAGGAAAAGGAGAGUGACCCUAAACCUCUUGACAUACUGGGAAAUGGGAUGCUCCUGAAAAAGGUGAUCAAACCAUCUGAAAACCCAGAUUCAAGACCAUCGUAUGGAGACCAGGUGACACUGAGAACAGUUGGUACCCUGGAAGAUGGCUCAGUGGUGGACAAACAUGACAGUAUAACAUUCACACUUGGAGAUGGGGAUGUGAUCCAAGCCUGGGACUUGUGCACUGCUCUGAUGGAUGUGGGAGAAGUCUGCCAGCUGACCACUGAUAACAGAUAUGCCUAUGGAAAUCAGGGGAGACCCCCUUCCAUACCAGCUAACUCUAAGAUCACCUACACACUAGAACUGCUGAAGAAAGAUGAGCCUGUGGACCUCACAAAGUUGUCAGUAGAGAACAGAAUCAAGUUUGGAGAUGAGAAGAGAGAGCGAGGGAACUAUUUAUUUGGGCGUAGUGACUACACUGGGGCGAUUAACUCCUAUUCCAAAGCUCUGAAGAUUUUGAACGAUGAUAAUUUAAGUCACUCUGAGGAGGAUGUCAGUCUGCUUCAGCAGCUUGUGGACACCCGGGUGAAGUGCUACAACAACAUAGCUGCAGCACAAUUAAAGGUUGAAGCCUAUGCCGCAGCUAUAAAAUCUUGUGAUGAAGUACUGAAGGUUCAACCCCAGAAUAUCAAAGCCUUGUUCCGGAAAGGAAAGGCUCUCGCUUCGAAAGGCAAUACAGAGCUUGCUAUAACUGUGUUGAAGAGAGCAGUGCAACUGGAUCCAGAAUCUAAGAUAGUGCAGCAGGAGUUGUUUAAACAGACGAAAAAACUGAAGAAAGAGACAGAAUCUGAAAAAGAGAUGUACAAGAAAAUGUUUGGCUCAUCCAAGGCACCUGUGGAGGACAAGAAGGAACCUGAGAAUGCAGUUUAUCGGUGGACAUCGUGGGGUCUGGCAGUCAUUGGUGGAACAGCAGCUUUCCUUGUGUCUGGUGCAAUUGCAUUAUACAGAAGUCUGCGCGGCUAAACAAUUGACUUUACGGCAUGGCGCAAAGGGGUGGGUGGGGGUAUAGACAGUAGUUGUAAACUCAAAUUCUGCCAUGUAUAGCUUUGUUGCUUUUUUUAUACAUCUGUUUCAUAUCUACACAGAUUGUCAAAUUGAAGUGCUGUUUAAUAUAUUUUUUAUGUUAAACAAGAAACUGGUGCAAGUGGUCAAAUAAUCUGGCUACUUCAUGCAAGAUUUAAAGUUUUGCUAUACCGGUACUGUAAUUUCUCAACCUUUCUGCAUGUUUGCAAGGUUUAUUCGAGCACAUUCUGAAGGCAUAAUUCUGUGAAGACUGAUAAAAGUACACUUUUUUUGAAGCCCUGAAAUUGGCCAAUCCAACCAGUGUAGAUUUGUCUCCAAAAUCAGAUUUAAAAUGUGCAUAAUUUGCACUGAAAGUUGCUCUUUCUUAUGUGGAAAGUUUGAGGAAUUAGGUUAAUAACAUUGGCACACCAUGUUUAUAUGUUGUUUAUUUACAUUAUUUCUGUAUCAGUAUUUUAUGUAACUUCAGUAAAAAAAAAUCAACAUUUUCCGCAUAAACAUUCUUAUUUGUUUGUUCUAAACCAGUUAAUAAGUUGUGAAUUUUUAUUGUAUUUCUUGACUUGUAAGUUGCAUGUAACCUGGAUACAUCACAACUCGACCCAAUUAUGUCAAAAAUCUGCCAAAAGAUGUAGACAGGACAGGACAUACCCUUUUGAAGAUGUGUUUUUGAUGAGAAAGAAAUUCUCGGCCAUGCGCACCAGGAUUGAAAAAAAAAAAAGUUUUCUUAACCAUAGAAAUAUUAGAUUUCAUAUGAAUUUCCUUCAUUCAAAGCUCUCAGAAAGUAUCAGUUUGAGAUGCACUUAUGUAUGGUCACAAUAUAAUGUUUAGACAUUGGGAUCAGAAGUUGCACAUUUUUCUAGAUGUGUCCCUGACAUCACUUGGAGUAAAUUAAUGCAUUUUUAUGUUGGUGGGUUUAUGCAAUAAUGAAAUCAUAAGACGACUUUUAUUUCUAAACUUACCUAAUACCUUGUAAAUAUUCUGAAAUAAGUAAGUCCUUAAUUAUAUAUAAUAAUAUUAUUGUAUAUACUGGCAUAAUUGAUAAAUUGCAUUUAUUUGCCCCACCUAGAUGUUACAUGAUUAGAUUACAGCACAAAAAGACUUAGACUCGUUGUAACUUGAAAGCCCUGGCCUGUAUAGAAUUGAUAGAAAUGAGAUAGACAUAUUGAUUCAUGCCUUUGUAAAGCUACCGUAGCCAGUAGUUGGUCAUGAGAGUGGAACUAUAACCAGGUGCUUUUGUUCAAUUUUAUACUCAUAUGAUUAUUAUGCAGUUGAGCAAGGGGGAAAUUCAGGUCUGCGGUAUCGUAUAUGUAUUUAGUUGUCAUACAUAUACUUAACAUACAACAAAAGAACCGUAAAUGUUCUUGAUAUUGGUACAUGCAUAGUAUUGCACUGAAAUGUACACGCAGGCCCAGCAUGUGCGAUGAAAGAAGACUUUUAAUGAUUUUCAAAAGUGAGCUAUGUUUAGAAAUCUGUGGAAUACAUUAGACAACAUGAUUUAUCAUAAAUCAUAAAUAUACAGUAUUCCUAGACCUCAAAGUACAUGUAUGUAUGUGUGAGGAAACUGUAUAAAAUGAUUUUCAAAUCCUCAAAUGGUCUUCUGUUGAUCAGAAAUUAUGCCAUUUACCAUUUUACCAUACAGUUUAACCACACUUACACUUGUCUAAAAAGUACCCCUCUGUCAGCAACCUGCGGAUGGUCGUGGGUUUCUCCCGGGCUCUGCCCGGUUUCCGCCCACCAUAAUGCUGGCCGCCGUCGUAUAAGUGAAAUAUUCUUGAGUACGGCGUAAAACACCAAUCAAAAAAAAAAAUAAAUAAAAAGUACCCCAGCUGUUUUGUAGUGCUGGUAUUUGCUGAAUACUGAAUCCACCUCAUUGUUACAUCUUAAUCACUAGUUAUUGAAAUUAGAAGAAAAUGUAAAUGGUUUUGGUAGUACCAAGAAAAUGUUGAGUUCUGGAAAUAAAGAGUUUUGGAAACGAUAUAAAAAUACAUAAAUGCUGUUUGAGUAAAAUAUUUCUAUCUACAGUGUACAAGUUUGAUGCAGUCCACUUAUUCGUUAAUUUCAGAGCAACCCAGAGGUGUAUGUGCAAGGAUAAAAAUCUGAAUAAACUCAAGCUGAAUAUAUAAGAAUAUCCUGUAUCCAUCUAAGUUUAUUCAAGUUUGGUAUGAAUGCAGAAAAUAUUCAGUCAAAUUUGUUUAGGUGUUUUUGCUUGUUAGCUUUUUUUGUCUUUGACAUGCCAUUUCUGUAUCUCAUAAACUUUACUUUUUGGGCAAAAAUUGCCUGUAUUUUGACUGGGAUAAUUGUGAUUGAAAGUAUUAAUAUUUGUUUUGCUAUUGUACACGUUAAUUGGAGAUUAUACGGCAAAAGGUCAUUGUAUUUUGUCUCUGCAUGUAUUUGGUGGAUUUUUUUUCAUCUGAUUUCUGCUUACUGUAUCAAACACUUUUGGACCAAAUAAAUUAUUGCAAAUGUUCAGAAUAUUCUUUAUUGUAUGAUGAAGCACAACUUUAAAAUCUCUUGUGAUAUUUCGUUGUGAACCAAAAGUACAGUAAUUUUAGAGAAUCAAGAGAUUGACAGUCACAGUACAUAAUGACCCUGUGACCC